AUGGACAUCCUGGUGGGCAACAAGUCAUCUCCAGACUCCGUACGGGCAAUGGCUGCCAACUCCAGCCGAGAAGGGGACUCGGAGGUCGGCUUGUCUCCACAACCGCUGCUGGUGGUGCUGGUGGCGGUGAUGUGUGUGGGCGCGGUGACAGGUAACCUCCUCGUCAUUGUCCUUGUGACCGCCACCAAGGCUCUCCAUUGUGUGACAUCAGUGUUGAUCAUGAACCUGGCCAUCACUGAUCUGCUCGUGGGCCUCGGCGCCAUGCCUUUUGUGGCGUUGUCCAUCGUGAAGCCUGGAUGGGCUGACUGUCUUAACCUGUGUCUGUUUGUGGGCUACACCUCCUCCGUCUACUGCACAGCUUCUGUUCUCACACUGGCCGCCAUCGCUCUGGACCGCUACCGCUCCAUCAUGGACUGCCUGCGCUACAGCUCUCGCUGCACCCUGUGGAGGACCUUCACCGUGGUCCUGUGGAUCUGGCUGCAGGCCCUAGCUACCUGUUGCCCCCCUUUGCUGGGCUGGAGCUCCGUGGCCUAUGUGGCUCCCAUGUACAGCUGUGCUGUGGACUGGGCCAGCAGUCCCAGCUACACGACCACCAUGACCGGCCUGUCCUAUUUGCUUCCCGCCGCCAUUAUCCUCUUCUGCUACGUGAACAUCGUCAAGGUGGCGCGCGGCCACGCCAGGAGGAUUCACACCCUGGAGGACUCAGUCCAACGCAGCAGGGAUCCGAACCCCACGUUCACGCCAUCUCAGAACAGCCCCUCCACACUCAUUUGUCAUGUCAGUGGACAGUUUGUGUCUGAGGUCAUGUCUUCAGAUUCCACUUCCUACCAGGGGAUCUUCUCCUUCCUGGCCCAUAGUUCCUCCCAACCCUCCCUGCAGGACUCCCAUCAACACCAUCAAGGAGUUGCACGCCUCUUUCUGGUCAUCAUAACCUUCUUCCUGUGCUGGACCCCCCAUAUUGCGGUUGCUCUAAUCCAGGCCACAGAAACUGCCAUCACCGGUCAGACCACCCUGGUGCCCCCCUCUGCUUUAACCAUCUCCUACUUUCUAGUGCUGCUCAACUCCGACUUCAACCCGGUUCUCUACGCUCUGCUCAGUAAGCGUUUCCAGGCGGCUCUGCAGGGCCUGAGGCAGAAGGUACAGGCCCGCCUGGGGAGCAGGAGGGGGGCGCUCGAUGACUGUAAAUGCAGCGAACCCUGCACCCUUACCGCCCCCGGUCCUGGAACUGCUUCCAGCUUGGACAACUCCCGGUUUUGUGCUCCGGUUUUUACCAUCAGUGCUGACGUUAAGCAUCAUUCCACUGAAGAUGCCUCCAAAUCCUGCCCCAUGUGGCAGCAGACCUGCAGCCCCAGGAGGGUGGAUUGCCUUCAGGUCCCCUGUACGCCACUAGAGGGCGGCAGAUUGCCAUUCUCUGCUCUGACAAUGGCGCCAAGGGCCACUUUUCUCUAUGGUCAGAUUACAGUAACAGUGGAACAUGAUGUUUGAAAAACAGGAAACCCCUUUUCUGAAUCUUACUUCCUCUUCUCACCAUCAAUAUUCCAUGUUUCCGAUGUCAAACACCUGUGGGAUGAGUGACAUCUGUCAUAUGGACAAAUGUUCUCAUAGAAACACUCAAAUCUUUGAAAGCUUAAUUAGACAAGUGGAAAGUACAAAGGAGGGAGCAACCUCCAUGUUGACUUCCUGGGGGUGCAACAGCCCAUGUAGUGUACAGUACACAUAUUGAAGCAAAUGUUAACGUUUUGCCUAAAUUACGCAUUUUCAAGCAUAAAUAUCGCAGGCUUUUAUCACUGAUUUGGGUGAUCUCACAACAGGCCAAUAAAAUCUUAACACACGGCCACCGUUGCAACCGUAACCCAAGCCAAGCUACAACUCAACUCUUCAACUCAUUAGUGGUUUAUACCACUAAAGUGGGCAAACUUUUUGACUCGCGGGCCGCAUUAAUUUAACAAAAUUGACGGGGGGGAUUAUGUAGUAUUUUACACGUAACAGUCCAUUUUUACACCUAUAUUUUUACACAUAUUUUACAUGUAAAAGUGUCAUGCAAUCUGCUAUAUUUGAAAUCAUUUAUUUGAUGUAAAGUGUGUUAUAAAUGUAUUAUUAUUAUUAUUGUUGUUUUUAUUAGAAUUAUUAUUAUUAUUAGUUAUAGUAAUGUUAUUAUAUUAUUAUUAUUAUUUGUUAAUAAUAAUAAUAUUACUACCAUUAUUGUAUUAUUAUUAACAACAAUAUUAAUAUAAUAGUAGUAUUAUUAUCAUUAUUGACAACAACAUUAUUAUUAUUAUUAUUAUUUGUAUU